AUAGUUUCAGCCACCAUUUUGUCUGUGGUGUGUGUGAGUUUGUGUAUCUGAGACGGAAUAACACACACACACACCAGCGGGUUUAUUGUAAACACAGGUCGCCAGAAAUGGACGGCAUUGGAGAUGUCGCAGUUGGCGUAAAGAGAGGAUCAGAUGAGCUGCUGUCCAGCAGCAUGUAUUACAGCCCCAGUUCUGGUCUGAGUAGUAUAAGUGAUGGAACAUCUAACGGCAGCAACAGCAAAAAGCUUCGAGUUGAAGACAGAGUCGGCGACUCUCCGUUGUCCCGCGUUCUCCACAUCAGGAAGCUACCCAGUGAUGUCUCAGAAACGGAGAUCAUUGCUCUGGGGCUACCUUUUGGAAAGGUCACCAAUAUCCUCACGUUGAAAGGCAAAAACCAGGCAUUUCUGGAGUUGAGCACAGAGGAAGCUGCCAUGACAAUGGUCAAUUAUUACUCUGCUGUUACGCCUCAUGUCCGUAAUGUGCCUGUAUACAUCCAGUACUCCAAUCACAAAGAACUCAAGACUGACAAUUCAAACCAGUCAGGUGGGACUACAGCGUCAGGGUCCAACUCCAGCAACGGUGGAGGUACACCUUCCAGUCCAGUGCUAAGGAUAAUCAUCGAUAACAUGUUUUACCCUGUUACCCUGGAUGUCCUACAGCAGAUCUUCUCAAAGUUUGGCACCGUCAUGAAAAUCAUCACAUUCACCAAGAACAAUCAGUUUCAGGCGUUGUUGCAGUUCAGUGAUUCAGCCAAUGCACUGCAUGCUAAAGCGGCGCUAGAUGGUCAAAACAUAUACAACGCCUGCUGUACUCUUCGCAUAGACUUCUCAAAACUCAUCAACUUGAAUGUGAAGUACAAUAAUGAUAAGAGCAGAGAUUACACCAGGCCAGAGCUUCCUGUUGGAGAUGGCCAGCCUGCUUUGGAUCCCUCUAUGGCUGCUGCCCUGGGUAAAGACUCCAGUUCCCUGCUUGGUAAGAUCCCAGGUGCCUUGAGCCCGCUGAGUGCGGCUGCUGCUGCUGCGGCCGCUGCUGGGAGAGUCGCUCUGUCGGGUCAGUCGGGGACCAGUGGGGUCCUGCUUGUUAGCAAUCUAAAUGAAGAGAUGGUUACGCCCCACAGUCUGUUUACCCUCUUCGGAGUUUAUGGAGAUGUGCAGCGUGUGAAGAUUCUCUUUAAUAAGAAAGACAGUGCGCUGAUACAGAUGUCAGAUAUGAAUCAGGCUCAGCUUGCAAUGAGUCAUUUGAAUGGCCAGAAGAUGUAUUCAAAGGUCAUUCGGGUGACGAUAUCAAAACACCAGACCGUUCAGUUACCGAGGGAUGGUUUGGACGACCAGGGUCUCACCAAGGACUUCACAAACUCUCCACUGCAUCGUUUCAAAAAGCCUGGCUCCAAGAACUUCCAGAACAUCUUCCCUCCUUCUGCCACACUACAUCUGUCAAACAUCCCGCAAGACAUAACUGAAGAAGACCUCAGAGUCCUGUUCUCCAACUCCGAUGGCACUGUGAAAGCUUUCAAGUUUUUCCAAGAUCACAAAAUGGCUCUGAUUCAGAUGACAACCAUUGAGGAAGCCAUUCAAUGCCUGGUUGACCUUCACAAUUACAACAUGGGUAAUAACCACCAUCUGAAGGUCUCCUUUUCCAAAUCAACCAUCUAAAGCAAUCCAAGAGGUCCGGCUUCCAACACCUGUUGCCUAGCGUUACCUAUUUGACUGUUGAAGUACACUGGGGACCACAAUUUGAGAUUUUUUCAAAUUUCACAUGUCAUUCCUCAAGAAGAUUUUGAAAGAAUGAAAAACAGGCAUAUGGACCGUUUUUGAGAAUUUUACCCCUCAUGCUGUUGUCCUUUGUGAGACAUAUAUAUGGUAUUCUCUUUAGUGGCAGAAAGGUCUUAUGGUGUAAAUCUGAACCUCUUACAGUGUGCAGAAAAAUAAUGUGCCUUACAAAACUUGCAUAAAUCUUUUCAUACUUCAUUUUCUCAAGCCCAUGCAGUCCACCACUGUCAUCAGAGUCACAGGCUCUGAUGGUGAAAAAUUACACUGUAAAGUUUAAUACAAAAAUUAUUAUCUUGUUCCCUCUUGUGUCUGAUCAUAGUGUGUAAACUAUCUUUUGCUUUGUGUUUUUUUUGCAUUUCAUGUUUCUUUAAUUUGAAAUGUCUGCACAAAAGAUGUGAAUUGUAAAUGGGAUACAAAAUAAUUUUGUAGUGAUGUUAGGCCAGGUCUUAAACCACCAAUUCAGCUAAACGUGGCUUUUGAAGGAAAUCAAAAAAGGAUUGAUACAUUUAGUUUGCAUUGUAAAUGCUAAUUCUCUCUUCAUUCUUUCCUUCUCUAUAAGAAUUCCUUUUUUAUUUUAACGUUUCUUGGUCCUAAACAAACGUUUAGGACAGAUAGUUAAUCCAGAGUCUUUUAAAGUGUUGCGUGGAUUGGAGAAGGCCUUCAUUACUUCCUAGUAUGAUUUGGUAAGACAAGCAGAAAGGACCAAAAUCAAUGUGCCUGUAGUCUUAAUUUACUCCCAAGGUUGCGGAGCAUUUUAGUUUACUUUUUUGGCAUUUUGGAAGCGAGGAGUCCAUGGACAAGCUUAUGAUUUGAGAAAACUGAUAAUUGGUGAUAUUCAUUGGCAAUGCAAACUUGCCCAUCUCUUCCAUACAUCCUCCACCAAGAUGGUUGAACAUCGCAGGAGAACAGCCUGUAUGACUCUUUUAGAGGUCUAACAAGUUCUGUACUUCUGUUCUGUAUUUUCUGAUUUAGUUUACUUUUUUACACCUCUUGGAAUGUAUCAUUUGCAAUAGUUUGGAUAAGUGGCACAAUUAAAAGUUCAUUUUUCUAACUAAACUCAAAAAGUUUGACUUGGAUGUGUGUUUUGAUCUUUCUGUUUAUUUUUUCAUAUUUUCAGUUAUGUUUUUUUUUUUUGCAUUCACUUUCUAUCUGUCUCUCUCUUCCACCUCCUUUUCCUAUUUGUUCAGUCUCACCCUUUUUACACCUCUGACACCACAUUCUCCUUCAGGGUGGAAAACCGUUUGGAAAGGCCUGCCUUUUGACAAACUAGAUUUGGACCGAUAUAAAUCAAUGUUUGCAAAAUGUUAAAACUGAUGUUUCCUCACCCUGUCAUUUCUUUUUCCACUUGUUACCCAUCCAUCCUUUCUCGAUUUAAGUUCUUGUUUUGCUCUAAGUUGUAGCAGCUAAUCAGUCUCUCAGGCAUGAUGCUGUAGCCCACGUUCAUCUCCAUGUUCUUCUGCCCUUUCACUGAUCUUUACAAUAAAAUAGACAUUAAUCAAAUGGACAUAGUAAAGCUGUUGAAUGGUGGUACAUACUUAAUUUGACUCAUAAUUGACAUGUACAAAUCCUGACAUUUAAUCGUAGAAAACAUUCCCUGUCUUAGGUCAGUUAAGGAUCACUGUUUUAUUUUAAGAAUGUGAAAUGUCAGUAUAAUAGGAGAGAGAAUUAUUUAUUUCAGCUUUUAUUAUUUCAUCACAUUCACAGUGGGUCAGACGUUUACAUACACCGUUAGUAUUUGGUAGCAUUGCCUUUACAUUUUUUAACUUGGGUCAAAUGUUUUGGGUAGCCUUCCACAAGCUUCUAACAAUAAGUUGCUGUAAUUUUGGCCCAUUCCUCCAGACAGAACUGGUGUAACUGAGUCAGGUUUGUAGGCCUCCUUGCUCGUGCACACUUUGUCAGUUCAACCCACACAUUUUCUAUUGGAUUGAGGUCAAGGCUGUGUUAUGGCCAAAUUGACUUGAUCAACUUUGUUGUCCUUAAGCCAUUUUGCCACAAUUUUGGAGGUAUGCUUGGGGUCAUUGUCCAUUUGGAAGACCCAUUUUCGACCAAGCUUUACAUUCCUCGCUGAUGUCUUGAGAUGUUGCGUCAAUAUAUCCACAUAAUUUUCCUUCCUCAUGAUGCCAUCUAUUUUCUGGAGUGCACCAGUCCCUCCUGCAGCAAAGCACCCCCACAACAUGAUGCUUCCACCCCCAUGUUUCGAUUGGGAUGGUAUUCUUCGGCUUGAAGCCUCACCUUUUUACUCCAAAAAUAACAGUGGUCAUUAUGGCCAAACAGUUCAAACUGUUUCAUCAGACCAGAGGACAUUUCUCCAAAAGUAAGAGCUUUGUCCCCCAUGUGCACUUGCAAACUGUAGUCUGGCCUUAUAUGGCAGUUUUGGAGCAUUGGCUUCUUCCUUGCUGAGCAGCCUUUCAGGUUAUGUCGAUAUAGGGCUCAUUUUACUGUGGGUAUAGAUAUUUGUCUACCGGUUUCCUCCAGCAUCUUCACAAGGUCCUUUGCUGUUGUUCUGGGAUUGAUUUGUACUUUUUUUAACCAAACUACAUGUGUGCUGUGUGGUCCCAUGGUGUUUAUACUUGCACUGAUGAAUAUGGCACCUUUUUUCUGAGGUCUUGGCUGAUUUCCUUUUGAUUUUCCCAUGUUGUCAAGCAAAGAGGCAAAUAGUUUGAAGGUAGGCCUUAAAAUACAUCCACAGAUACACUUCAAAUUCAGUACACCUCCUAUCAGAAGCCUUGUCUAAAGGCUUGACAUCAUUUUCUGGAAUUUUCCAAGCUGCUUAAAGGCACAGUUAACUUAAUGUAAACUUCUGACCCAUUGGAAUUGUGAAAUAGUCAAUUAAAAGUGAAACAAUCUGUCUGUAAACAGUUGUUAGAAAAAUUACUUGUGUCACGCACAAAGUAGAUGUCCUAAGCGACAUGCCAAAACUGUAUUUUGCUAAUAUUAAAUUUGUUGAGUGGUUAAAACAUUUGUGAUAAUGACUUCAACCUAAGUUUAUGUAAACAUCUGACUUCAACAGUAUGUGAUGUCAUACACAAUGCAUUGUGAGUGUGUUAACUUGCAUGAUCUUUCACCAAUUAUGCUUUACAAGUUGGCCUUUAAGGUCAUUUAAAUGCCUUUUAAGGCUUUCCUUUUGGGAGGUAAGGGCAUAAAUGGUUUACGAGAAAACUAGAUUUUUUACUUGUUACACUUAUUUUGUGUUGUAUGUUAACUCCUUUACUGGCAUUCCUAUCAGAUUAUCAACUGUGUGCAAGUGUUGUGCAAAUAUGUGAAUAACCUAAGUUUUCAAAUCUCAUUUAAAUGGUUUUCAUGCAUUGUCAGAUGUUUUUAAAUAAGCUGAUUUUUGGUAGUUAGCAGUGUAUUGGUGUGCAUGUAAACUGUCAAUAUUCACUGUCGAAAAAGGGAACAACUGUAUGUGGCAUUUACUCUGUAGUCAGUGAGUGAAUAUGUGCACAGUAUAGCUAUACUGAUGCUUAUGUAUCAGUAUCAGAAUUGGAUGCAGUGUGAACAAAUACAUGAGAUUUUAUGAUUUUGUUCCAGACUGUGUGUCUUGUAUCCUUAAACCUCUAUUCACAUGGGUCUGAAAGUUGUCUUUG